AUGCGCGGUGAGCUUGAGAUCCUGGACCGUUUGCAAUCAUCUCGACACGUUGCAGCCGUUCUCCCUCUCCUGGGAGCUAUUCUCCUUCUCUCCACCGCCUACGCAAUUGUGACCAAUUCGGAACGACCAAUUUUUGAGAGAUUACAGUGCCAGAUACGCUUUCCGGACAUUUGUGGAUGUGGCAAACCGGAGCAGAGCCUGUACGAGUGGCUUGACCUCGGACACGUCAACGGACGAGUCGAUCAGGCCGGUACCGUCCUUCCAACUUCCAACAACUCCAUACCAUUGAUUGGACCCUUUCAGAUCAGGCUCCGAGUGCCCGUUCCCUCCAACACAUGAUCCGUUCGAUUUCGAAUGUCGAACACGAGAUCCGUGAGCAGCGGGAACGCCUGGAGCAGUUGAGCCAGAAGGACCAGUUGGAGCACACUGGAAUCCUGGAUUCGAUCGAAUCCGAAGAUCUCAUCAUCAGCAAAUGUUGGCCAAAUGUCCACCGCAUCGGUCAAGAGCUCGAGAAGUUGGCGGAGGAGGGAACGAACGAAUUUAAGCAAAAACCGGUUUUGACUGAGAGAAUUCAAGAAAUUCUGGAAGGGCUCUGA